AUGAACAAAUUAAUAUUUCCGAUUGAUAACGAGAAUAAUGAGUUCUUUGAUGAAGAUGCUAUUUCUAAGUCAACAAUUUAAGCAGUGAAUAAUUCAUUCGAUAAAGAACAAUUAGAUGAAUAAAUUGAAAGACCAUUUACACCUGUAGAUGCUUAAAUAGAAAUGAUACCAAAAGAACAAUGUCCUUAUUGCAAACGUUAAUUCUUUUAAGGUCGUUUAACAUUACAUUUACGUAUGUGUACUAUAGAACAUCCAUUUGUAAAAAAAUCAAAGAAAUAAAAAACAUAAGAAUUACACACAUAGCCUACUUUAUAACCAUGUCCAUAUUGUCAUAAGAAAUAUAGAAAUCUAAAGGCACAUACAUGUUAAGCUAGAACAAAAGCAUUGGAUAAAUAUAAAGUGGUUGCAUAAAUAAAUGAAGAAGAAGAGGCAGAUGAAACUUUGGUAUAGGAACUAUCAUCAAGUCAACCAUCAUUUCUACCAAAAAUAAAAUAAAGAGUUGAAAGUAUAUUAUCACGUUCAGUACCUAUUGCUAAGUGUCCUACAUGUUAAAAGACAUUUGAACAAAAAGCAUAUGAAAAACAUAUACAACUUUGUAUACGUAUGAAUAGUGGAAAUAAAUUUCAACGUAGUAUAUUCUGCACUAAUUGUGGUAAUAAAUUUGCCAACAAUCAUAAAUAUUGUGGUUCAUGUGGUAAAAAAAGACUUUGA